AUGGCUACUUUACCAUUCUCUGCAGCUCAAUCGAGUUCAGUUUCGGGCUUCAACUACAGAGCCAAUCAUUCCAAUCUUUUCUUUGUUAGAACCCCACGAUUUUUCAAUCGUUUAAAAAGAAGAAACUUGUCCGUCAAGAACAUUACUAGUGACCAAAGGCAAGAAUUGAAAGAUCCCUCAGUCAAUGGAGAAGCUUCUUUAGAGACCCUCGAACCUGAUUCUGCAUCUAUUGCAGCUAGUAUUCAAUACCAUGCAGAAUUCACACCAUUAUUCUCUCCAGAACAUUUUGAUCUUCCCAAGGCGUUUGUGGCAACUGCAGAAAGCGUUCGCGAUUCGCUAAUUAUAAAUUGGAAUGCCACAUAUAAGUACUACGAGAAGAUGAAUGUAAAGCAGGCUUAUUACCUGUCUAUGGAGUAUCUACAGGGCAGAGCAUUGCUAAAUGCCAUCGGGAACUUGGAGCUUUCAGGAGCUUACGCUGAUGCUUUGAAAAGGUUGGGCCACGAGUUAGAGGACGUAGCUGGACAGGAACCAGAUGCUGCACUGGGGAAUGGGGGCUUAGGGCGGCUUGCUUCCUGCUUUCUGGAUUCGUUAGCAACACUGAAUUAUCCUGCUUGGGGCUAUGGACUCAGGUACAAAUAUGGCUUGUUCAAACAGCUCAUCACAAAAGAUGGGCAGGAGGAAGUUGCAGAAAAUUGGCUUGAGAUGGGCAAUCCAUGGGAAAUUGUAAGAAAUGAUGUCUCCUAUUCUGUUAAAUUCUAUGGAGAAGUUAUUUCCAAGCCUGAUGGAAGUAAAGAAUGGAUUGGAGGAGAAAACAUCACAGCUGUUGCGUAUGAUGUCCCAAUUCCUGGAUAUAAAACUAAAACCACAAUAAACCUUAGAUUGUGGUCCACUAAAGUUGCACCGAAUGAAUUUGAUUUACGUGCUUAUAAUGCUGGCGAUCAUGCCAAGGCGUGUGCAGCUAUAAAGAAUGCCGAAAAGAUUUGCUACAUAUUAUACCCUGGAGAUGAAUCAAUUGAGGGCAAGAUUCUACGGUUGAAGCAACAAUAUACACUAUGCUCUGCAUCUCUCCAAGAUAUCAUUGCUCACUUUGAAAGGAGAUCAGGGAAGCCUGUAAAUUGGGAAAAUUUUCCAGAUAAGGUUGCAGUGCAAAUGAAUGACACUCAUCCAACACUUUGCAUCCCGGAGCUGAUAAGAAUUUUGAUAGAUUUGAAGGGUUUGAGCUGGAAGGAAUCAUGGGAUAUUACUCAGAGAACUGUUGCAUACACAAAUCACACAGUUUUGCCUGAGGCUCUGGAGAAAUGGAGCUUAGACCUUUUGCAGAAACUUCUGCCACGACAUGUUGAGAUCAUUAGGAUGAUUGAUGAAGAGCUGAUUCAUACCAUAAUUGCGGAGUAUGGCACAGAGGAUCUCGACUUGUUACAGCAUAAGCUAAAGCAAAUGAGAAUUCUUGAUAAUAUUGAGUUGCCUGACUCAGUUCUAGAAUUUUUAGUUAAACAAGAAGAAAGUUCUGCUGUUGACUCCAUUAAGGAAGUUAAAGGCUCAGAUAAAGAAACUGAAUCUGCUGCUGAAGAACAGGACACUGAUGCGAAAGAUAUGGUGACAUUUGACCCAGAUCCAAAUCUGCCAAAGAUGGUCCGCAUGGCUAAUCUAUGUGUUGUCAGCGGGUCUGCUGUAAAUGGAGUUGUUGAGAUUCACAGUGAAAUAGUAAAAAAUGAAGUAUUUAAUGAGUUCUAUAAGUUGUGGCCUGAGAAAUUUCAGAAUAAAACAAAUGGGGUGACACCAAGAAGAUGGAUUCGUUUUUGCAAUCCAGAUCUCAGUAAAAUCAUAACCAAGUGGACUGGAACAGAUGAUUGGGUCUUAAACACUGAGAAACUAUCGACACUUGCAAAGUUUUCUGAUAAUGAGGACCUCCAAUCUGAGUGGAGGGAAGCCAAAAAAAGAAACAAGAUCAAGGUUGCGGACUUCCUUAAAGAAAAGACUGGAUAUAUUGUCAAUGCUGACGCAAUGUUUGAUGUACAGGUAAAGCGCAUCCACGAAUACAAGCGGCAGUUACUGAAUAUAAUGGGAAUUGUAUAUCGCUAUAAGAAAAUGAAAGAAAUGAGUCCUGAGGAAAGAAAGGCGACGUAUGUUCCUAGGGUAUGUAUAUUUGGAGGCAAAGCAUUUGCUACAUACGUCCAAGCCAAGAGGAUUGUGAAAUUUAUCACAGAUGUGGGAACUACUGUUAAUCAUGAUGCAGACAUAGGCGACCUUUUGAAGGUUGUCUUUGUACCUGAUUACAAUGUCAGUGUGGCAGAGGUACUGAUUCCAGGAAGCGAGCUUUCGCAGCACAUCAGCACGGCUGGAAUGGAGGCCAGUGGAACCAGCAAUAUGAAGUUUGCAAUGAAUGGCUGCAUUCUUAUUGGCACCUUAGAUGGAGCUAAUGUUGAAAUAAGGCAAGAGGUCGGCGAAGAUAAUUUUUUCCUCUUUGGUGCAGAGGCACACGAAAUUGCAGGCCUAAGAAAGGAAAGGGCUGAGGGAAAAUUUAUCCCUGAUCCAAGGUUCGAAGAAGUAAAGGCGUUUGUCAGAAAUGGUGUUUUUGGCCAUUACAACUAUGAAGAACUCAUGGGAUCCUUGGAAGGAAAUGAAGGUUAUGGCCGAGCUGAUUAUUUCCUUGUUGGCAAGGAUUUCCCUAGUUAUGUAGAGUGCCAGGAGAAGGUUGAUGAGGCAUAUAAAGAUCAGAAAAGAUGGACAAAAAUGUCGAUUUUGAAUACAGCUGGCUCAUACAAGUUCAGCAGUGACAGAACGAUUCACGAAUAUGCAAGAGAUAUAUGGAGGAUCCAACCUGUUCUAUUGCCUUGA